AUGUGAAGAGCUGGCGAGGACCGGCCGCGGUCAUGGAGAGCGGCCGCCUCCGCCCGCGCGGGACUCGGAGCCCUCCCCGCGCCCUGGGCAAGCCUGGCUGCUGAGGCGGCGCGUAUGGCGGAGCCCCUGCGGAGGAGAGCGUUCGGCCCGCUCCGGGAGUUGCGCGGUCCCGGGGCGAUCGCUCUGCACGCGGACACCGUGGUGGCCUCGCGCUCCGAGGGACGCUCGCCACUCCGCGAGCCCCUGGGCCCCCGUAUGGAGCAUCCCUCCUGGGAGACCGGGGCGCGCCCCGAGCCGUCAAGCGCGCGGGUCCCAUGGUCUCGCGGGGCACAGGAGGCCGCCGCUCCCAGCCGAGCGCUUGUUCGCGCCUCCCCGGGCACCGAGGGCAGCGGCGAAGACGGGGAGGACGAGGGCGCCGACUACUACGAGAACCUGCCCUCGGGCAGCGCGCCCGAAGGGGCGGAGGUGCUGCAGGCCUCGCCUUCCCCCGCGGCGGGCUCCUCCCCGGGGAUGGAGGGCGGCCUCCUGGAGACCGGCAGGCUGCAGACCCAGUUGCGAGAGGCCUAUUAUCUGCUGAUCCAGGCCAUGCACGACCUGCCCCCUGACUCGGGCACGCGGCGGGGCGGACCCGCGGGAGCCCGGGCUCAGGGCCAGCAGCCGCCUCUCCCCCGCGGCGCAGCCGUGCGCCUAGCCUGCAGCCCCCGAGGCGGCGACCGCCCUCCGCGGCAGGUGUCCCCGCCCAGAUCGCCUCUGAGGGAGUCCCGGGUAGGACUGCCGGCCAGUCCUCGGACGCGGCUGUCCAGCUGCAGAAGUCUCGAGAGCCUCCGCGUGAGUCCCCAGCCACCUCUGCUCCAGCGGUGGGCGAGCGACAGCUGGAUCAGGUGCGGUGCGCAAAGGGACAGGGACGAGCCCCCGCCACGUGAAGGUGGGAUGGACGGCUGGGGCCGGGGCAGCCACCGGGCUGCUGCGUCCGUCGCCCUGCUGCCUCCCAUCUGCCAGGACUCGGGCCGGUCCUCCGAACGUCCUUUUAGGGAUUCUGCGGGGACCUCUGUGUUAUCCAGCAGCCAAGAAGACCGUCCCGAGGAGCCCGCCCUCCUCAAGCCACCUGCGGUGACAGUCAAGAAACUACAGAAGUGGAUGUACAAAGGACGCCUCCUGUCCCUGGGGAUGAAGGGUCGCGCUCGUGAGGCAGCACCCAAAGUUCCCGGAGCGCAGGCAACCUCUCCAAAUUUGGGCAGUUGGAAAGUGCAUGAAAACCACGUCCUCUCGGUGACAGCGGACCAAAGAAUCACACUGACAGCAGACUUAUUUGAAAACGUCUACGGGUCUCCACUGAAGAAAAGAGAGCCUGAAGAUGCAAAGGACACGGCUUCGCUUAGAGGCCACCGGCCCCUUAACAACAUCACUGUUUCCAAGAAACGCAACUGGCUGUAUCAGAGCACUCUGAGAUCCCAGAGUCUGGAAGAGAGUAAGCGAUGCCAAGACAGAACUUACUUCUCCCUCUCCCCAGUGUCUCCACCCAGGCAUCAGCUAUGGCAGCCUUUCUGUAAGUCCCCUGAGGGCCACUGUACACACGCGGUGUGUAAUGCUGCCAGCUCUCCCUUAUCAAGAGACUGCUCUCUGGACUUUAGUGAGGACAAUGAUGCUGAUGAUGAAGGAGAAAUCUGGUACAAUCCCAUCCCCGAGGAUGACGACCUUGGCAUAGCAAGCGUCCUGAGUCUGGAGGAGGCAAACACGGCUGGCCUGAAGCUCCCUGCUCUCAGUGUGAGCGUGCUGUCUGCUAGAGACCUGAUGAAGGCUGAGUCUCACAGUGAAGAGUUGCUGUGUCCUUCCCAACACACAGGGGAUGUCCAGGCUGCACAUUCAAAUGGAAUUAAUUCUGUAGAUUCCACUCAUUCUACAGAAGUUACGCAGCAGGGCAAGCAGAGGUUGGGACACAGGACACAAGAAGGUGUGACGGCAGAGGACAGCCCUGUGUUGAAAUCUGCUUUUACAGGUCCUGGGAUCUUAGUUUCUACACAUAGGACUGAACUCAGAGCUAUGGAGCCGUCUUUUCCAAGCCCCAGCCCUGUGAAGAAAGGCAGCUCAAUUACUUGGUCUUUGCCAGAUAAAAUAAAAUCUCCACGUACUGUGAGGAAACUUUCUAUGAAAAUGAAGCGGUUGCCAGAAUUCAGCCGAAAGCUGGGUGCCCGGGGAGCCUCGCACCACGUCAACAGUCCAGAUAGUUCCCCUUCGCUGUCUAAGUGUAGCUGUCGAGAAAUUCCUCAUAGUGUUAUUCUGCCUUCCGGGAACCCGACCAGGAACGUGAUAAGCCGCUACCAUCUUGAUACCACUGUGUCUUCUCAGCACAGCCACCAAAAGAAAGUCCCCAGGAGCUCAAAGUACUCCUGCAAGGGCGGCUACCUCAGCGAUGGAGACUCGCCGGAACUGCGAGCCAAGUCCGGCAAGCACGGAGCCGAGCACAAAGUGUGGAAGGGGCGAGAACCGGUUCCAAGCAGUUGUAGCAAGGGUGAUAUAGACACAGAUGCCUUCAGACAUUACAGCUUUGCGGACCAAGCCAGGUGCUCCCAGUACAUAUCCGGGCUCCUGAGUGUGCACUUCUACGGCGCAGAGGGGUUAAAGCCCCCCCGGAUAGACUCUAAAGACGUCUUCUGUGCAAUUCAGGUAGACUCGGUGAACAAAGCCAGAACGGCGCUGCUCACCUGCCGCACGACGUUUCUGGACAUGGACCACACUUUCAACAUUGAGAUUGAAAACGCACAACACUUGAAGCUGGUGGUGUUCAGCUGGGAGCCCACGCCGAGGAGGAACCGAGUAUGCUGCCACGGCACAGUUGUACUGCCCACUUUAUUCAGAGGGGCAAAAACACACCAGCUGGCCGUCAAGCUCGAACCCAGAGGACUUAUCUAUGUCAAGCUGACCCUCAUGGAACAGUGGGAGAAUUCUCUCCACGGCCUGGAUAAAAACCGAGAAUCUGUAAUGUUUGGUGUGGACAUUCAGAAAGUUGUAGAAAAAGAAAACGUAGGCUCGAUGGUGCCGCUGCUGAUACAGAAAUGCAUCGUGGAGAUUGAAAAGAGAGGUUGUCAGGUUGUAGGCCUGUAUCGAUUGUGUGGUUCAGCAGCUGUCAAGAAAGAGCUUCGAGAGGCUUUUGAGAAGGAUAGCAAAACUGUUGGUCUGUGUGAAAACCAGUACCCAGAUAUAAAUGUAAUAACAGGUGUUCUUAAGGACUAUCUAAGAGAACUUCCUUCCCCACUAAUAACAAAGCAGCUGUAUGAGGCUGUGUUAGAUGCAAUGGUGAAAAGUCCUUUGAAAAUGUCAUUAAGUGGUUGUGAGAAUGAGUCCAGUGACUCCAAGCUCACUGUUGACCUAUUGAACUGCCUGCCGGACGUUGAGAAGGCAACCCUCAAGAUGCUGUUAGAUCAUCUGAAGUUGGUGGCCUCUCACCACGAGGUGAAUAAGAUGACCUGUCAGAACCUGGCUGUGUGCUUUGGGCCCGUGUUGCUUAACCAGAGGCAGGAGACCUCCACCCACAACAGAGUCUUCACCGAUUCCGAAGAGCUCGCAAAUGCUUUGGAUUUUAAAAAACACAUCGAGGUUCUUCAUUACUUGCUCCAGCUCUGGCCAGUGCAACGUUUAACUGUCAAAGGACCCACUGACAGUUCGUGCCUGGAGCAGCCAUCUUCUUUGAAUUAUCUGAGGCGAAAGAAAGAGCGACGGUGUGUGUUAGAUCUGAGCAGUGUGGCUUCCUCAGGGGUGCUGAGGCCAAGGCAGGUCAGGCUAGACAGUCCACUCAGCAACCGCUACGCAGGGGACUGGAGUGGCUGCGGGGAGGAGUACUUUUUAAAUACAAAAGAACAUUUCAAGGAUUUGGAUUACGAAGAUGUUCCCUUAGAAAACAGAGAAAAUAGAGACUAUAGCAAAAUGGAUGGAGCGGAAGUCACGAUUGAGCAGCAGAUCCCCAUGCCCAGAGGGUGCACGUUUCAGACGUACUUGACCGUGGAGACGCUUGAAUCUACAGUGGAUCAGAAAGCCAACCUCAGAGAUCUUCAAGAAAGUAUUGAUACUUUGAUUGGCAACCUGGAACGUGAGCUCAACAAAAACAAACUGAAUCUGAGUGUUUGAGGUGCAGGGGCUGUUUUCUGUGUGAUGAUCCCAUCAAGUUUCACGCCAGUCCUUAGUCCUCUCGUGGCCUCUUUCUGGUAUUUUUUAUGUUGGAACCUUAAGUUAAUUCCUAAUAAGUUCAAGUAAAUUCAUUUACAAACACUGUUGGUUAAUAUGGUUAUUUUACUUACGAACUGGCCUGGUGCAUAAAGAUAACUUGGACUUGGGGGAUAUUUUAGUAAACCUUGCCAGCUGCAAGGAGGAAACGUGCAGGUGUUUAUAAGGGCUGGGUACAUUAUUACUCCAUCAAGGCUUUGGUGCAGUGUGAGAACUGCUCUUCUGGAAGGUGGGACAGAUGUUCACUGCAGCUGGACCGGUCGAUUUGCAGUCAGAGUCCUUGUGCAAUGUCAUUUGGUCAUACUUCAUUUGCAAGACGAAUGCUGCUAUAAAAAUUUUUAUAAAUGUAAAAUUAUACAGAUAUUAAUGUAUUUUGUAUUAACAUUCAGUCAUUAUUUAAGCUUAUGAAAAUUAAAUAUUUUUAUGAUUCUGAGAAUAUGUGUGUGUUCAUAAGUGCAUUACGUGUGUAGGGUUCAGAAUGAGGCAAGGUGCUGACUAUAGCAUUUCAUGUAUUUUGGGAAUUAUGUCACGAGGCCAGAAUUAUUAGCUUAAAAAUGUCUUAUGCAGAAAGAAUGUGUAAGUUAAAAGAUAAGUUACAUAGAAACCACUUGAAUAAAACCACACUAGAAGUAUUUGAGUAGAAAUAGCAGCCUUUCUGUUUUUGCUUCAUAGACACAGUAUCCCUGCCAAAAGUCACGUUUUAAGUUGAAUUCCUUCAGCUACAUAAGGGGUGGAGGAGACAAAUUCCUGAACUGGUGACCUAACAAAAAGUGACCCAUUCUGUGCAUUUUUGUUUCCUGUGAUGCUUUAUUUAUUUGUGGUGGUAUACUUAAAAUGUUGAGUUCAUAAUUGUCCUUGUUUCUAAAGAAGUUAUCUUGUCAG